AUGGGAAGGACUAGCUCGUCCACCACUACGGUACGGGCGGCAACGGUUGCAAGGGCGGGACGCGCAGAUAUAUUCAUGAGUAUUAAGCCGGAACAUAUCAACAAUAUCGCUACCCGCGCGAAGAACCAUGAAUACCGUCGCUAUAUUCUCCCGUCGAGCGUCCGCCGCAUCUGGUUCUACACCACUGCUCCCUUCUCCCGAGUCGAAUACGUUGCCAGAAUCUCACGCGGUAAAAUACCAGGGGAGGUUCCAGAAGAUGGUGGUAUUGGCAAUGAGGACUUCAACGCAGGGAGGGAGUUAUCGGAGUAUGGAUACGAAAUUCUAGAUCUUUGGAAGCUGAAGCAGCCGAUCAGCCUGAAGCUAGCCGUUAGCAAAGGUUAUAUGAAAGGUCCCCCGCAAAAAUACUGUCGGGUUCCACUCUCACUUUUAGAGAGUUGUCCACUGGACAGGCAAGAUCACAUCAUUUCAGCAUCAAACAAGUACCCAGUCGAGAGGAAGCAAUCUCAAUCAGCGGAGGCACCCCAGCCAUCACCUAAGUCAACAGAGUGA